AUGCCGCAACUUCCUCAGGAGCUCAUUGAUCAAAUCAUCGAUUGCUUGGCCGCCAAUUCAAAAAUUCGUGGCAGCUGGUUGGGAGAGGAUUUACUUCACUGUUCACACACUAAUCGAUCUUUUCGCCAUCGAUGUCUUUUCUAUCUCUUCUCUUCCAUCUGCAUUUCAGGAAAAGAUCUCGAGGCGAAGAUUUCCAAAAUAAAAACCCUGCUUGAAAUCAUUGAAGAAAAACCUAUAAUAGCGACCUACAUCGAUGAACUUAAUUUGGCGAGUGAAGACAUGGGAGGUCCGAACCUUGCUUAUGGACCGAAAUUCUACAGUACUCUCCUCCGGGAGCCAAUUUUUGCUACUAUGAUGGAGAAAAUAUCACCUAUACGGCAUUUGGUCGUUAAAAACAACAACGGAAAAGUUUAUUCCCCCUCAAAGGAAAGGAUAGACCCUAUACCAGUUCUGGACCGCCUACUUUUACCUGUUUCCACGUACAUUACCUCUUUAUACCUUCAGGCUCUUGACAAUGUGCCUUUGAAGGUGCUCGCAAGCUUUCCCAAUCUGAACUCGCUUGACCUGCUGAAUGUUGGCCUGACAAGGAUAAAUGACCCAAUGCCCCAGUCGCCGCCCACGAUUCGACAUUUUGGCUAUCAACACUGUAGAUUUUCGCAAAUUGGCAUCUGCAAAAUUUUCGGGUUAUCACACAUGAACAUCUCGCAGCUCAAGUCUCUUACCAUAUAUGCUAUACCUAUCAUAAACGAGCAUGAAAACGAAGUCGAUUCAUUGUUCACGUAUGGGUUAUCUACGAUCGAAGAGCUUCGUUUAUUCACAAUGGAUGGUGAACUCAUGGCAAAGGGUUAUCCUUCAAUUACAAGCUAUGAGAACUGGUUCAACUUGCGCUUCUUACAUUGUGAUAUCCCUUUCAAGUCUUAUUUGGAUUUGGAUUUACCGCUCAACAUGCUGUCUUCUAUUCAUUCUGGGUCAUUGGAUCACUUGGAAAUUGUCGUGAAGCUUCAAUCGUUGCGCGGGAGACAAGAUCAAUGUUCUCCGGAGAUCAUCUUGAACUGUGACUGGUCUCUUUUGUGUUCCCAGGUCCUCAGAAUUAUGGAUUGCGCAGGAUCUAAAUUCGAUCUCCAACUAUCAUUUUAUGCUGUGCUACCCAUAACCCCACAAGAGGUUGCUCGGCACCAAGCUCUCUUUCGAAAACGAUGUCAUUCAACCUUGUCAAUUCUUUCUCGUCGAGAACAUUUCCAGGCUUUGGUGGACUCUCCACACAUAAAGUGCAGGAUGACUGAAGCUCAGACCAUUGUUUCUUGUGCUUAUGCCCCAUUUCCCCUCUAG